AUGUGGGUACCGAUUUUUGGGUGUCGAUCGAAGAAUCCUGUCUUCCCGUUUGAUGCAAAGAUCAAAGAACUUUACUAUGAGUAUCUUGAAGCUGCGGAGGAAUAUGAGGAAAGUACCGGCAAGAAGGUUAAGUUGUCAUCAUUUGAAGAUUUUUGUCAUGAUGUUGAUCCUUUGUGUUUGGAGAGUUUGAAGGAUGGUGGGGAUGAUGAAGUGAUUGUGAAGCAAGAAGUAUCUGUUACUGUCCCUGAAAUAGUUAGGGUUGAUACAUCUGUCAUUCCUGAUCAGUGUGAAGACUUGGUAUCAGAAUGUGUAAAAGGUUGUUCAAAGUCUUUAGUUGGGGAGUCAAGUAUUGCUGGUGUCGGGGUAGAUGGUAUUGAUGGAACUGCAAACAAAUUGGAAAAUGCGAACACCUCUAAGAUGGAGGUUGAAUCAACAUGGGAUAGGUUGAAUAGGGAGAAAUUGGUCAACAGCUUGUUAGACAACCGGGAGGUUAAGAAUCUAUGGCAGAAAAGUCAUGCAGGGAAGAAUGAUGGGCGGGAUGUCGUUGUCACUGGGGAAAGUAGUGGAUGUCGGUCUGAAAUGAUGAUCGGUGAUGAAACUAAGAGGGAUGGGAAAGGUAAAGCAGUGUUGAAGGAAGGUUAUGUGAAGGGUGUGGUUCAAGUAGGGCGUAGAAGAAGUGAUCGAAUAUAUAGUAAAACGAAGGGCAAAGAUGCAGCGGGAGAAACAACGAUUGAUGGGGGAGUUGGUGUCAGUUUGGGUGCAAGAGCUGGGUUUGAAAUGAGGUCGUCAGAACGUGCGAAUAAAAAGAGAAAGAGUUGCAGGAUUGUAGAACCCGUUCAAACGAAGGAUCUUGAUGGACACAGGUACUUUUCAUGGUGUAAGGUUAUAGAAUGUGCUAAGGUAGCUGGGAGAAAUGUUCUUCAAUUCCCGCAAAAAGUUAUCCGCGAUUGCUUGGACAAGCAUUAUACGCGUGUUUUGUUCAGGGAUUCAGAUUUGAAAAAGGUCUUCAAAUGUGAACUCCAUUAUGCUAAGAGGAAGUAUUUUGUUUAGAGGUUCAUUUACGAUGGGUGGUCUGAUUUUGUGAAGGAAUGCCGCAUUCAGGAUGGUGAUCGUCUUAGAUUUGUAAUGUGUGACAAACCAAGCCCGGCUAUUACAUCUGGAACACAAUUGGUUGCUGUGUCAGUCGUCAAUAGAUCAAGAGUUUGAUGAUUGUGUUUUUAUUUAAGUCAAAGACAUGAAUGUAUAUCAAAGUAUCAGUUGCAUUUGUGUGUGUGAACAUGUUAAAAACAGUUUCUCUUGACAAUGGGUGUUUUUGUUUUUAUGUUAUUUUGUGUAAUAUAAAUGUUUUUAUGUUAUAUGAUGCUUUUGUUUUAAAUUAUGGUAUUAAGUAUGUCAGUGUUGUUAUUUUGAGGUGUGAUUCACAAUAGUCAUUGUAGUUGGGUGUUAUGUUUUGAAUAUACAGUUAUA